AUGUCUGAGACCAUGGAUUUUGAGGAUUAUUCUAGAGAUCGUUCUAGAUCACCUGCUAGGGACGUUUACAUAGGAGAAGGUCGUCGCAACAGAUCACGUUCUCCACGCCGUGACGAUGAUGAUAGAAGAUAUCAGUCAUCUUAUAGAGGUGACUCUAGACGUUCAAGACCUCCGAGGAGAGGGCCACCGCCAAGAGGCUCCUAUGCGCAAAGGUCAUCUGAUUAUGAGAUUAAAGCGAAUAGAAAGUAUGAAAACUCUAUUUUUAUUGGUAACUUGCCAUACAACACGCAAUGGUAUGAGAUUAAGGACCACUUUGCAAGUGCAGGUCCCAUCGUAAGAGCUGAUGUUGUUACCAGCCAUGGUAAGCCAAGAGGCAUGGGUACUGUUGAGUUCCAAGAUCGUGAAAGUGCUCAAAAUGCAAUUAGAAUGUUUGAUAGAACCAGUUUUAAGGAAAGGGAAAUUUUUGUGAGGGAAGACCUUCCACCUCCAGAGAAGCAAAAUGGACGUGAUGAGUUUAGACCAGGUAAAUACGAUAGGUACGAUAGACCACCGAGGGACGAUAGAUAUGAUCGACCACCCAGAGAUGAUAGAUACGAUAGGCCAGCUAGAGACGACAGAUAUGACAGACGUGGUGGUUAUGAUAGAUAUUAUGACAGAUAUGACGGCUAUGAUUCAUACGAUAGACGUGACAGAUUUUCCAGAGACACUUAUGCACCUCCUAGAAGAGAUUUCAGGAGAGAGCCAAAGAGAGAAAGAAGAGAAGCCAGAGGUUUUGAGGUAUUCAUUGGUAACCUCCCUUUCUCUGUUAAAUGGCAAGACUUGAAAGAUUUGUUUAAGGAAAUCGGUGAAGUUGAAAGAGCUGAUAUUAUUGAAUCCACGCCAGGUAGAUCAAGAGGUAUGGGUACUGUACAUUUCUAUAAUGAGGCAGAUGUUGAGAAGGCUAUUGAAAGAUUCAAUGGUUUUGAAUGGUUUGGUAGAAAAAUCGAUGUCAGACCAAGUAAAUUUCCUAAGGAUGACAGAGCAGUCCCUUCAACCCCAAAAAUUAGAACUGAUGGUUUAUCUAAAAAUACUGAUUUUACUCUCGGUGUUACGGGUGAUGGUGAAGAAUCUCCAAUCAUCUAUGCUUCUAACUUGCCAUGGGAAACUGCAGAGUCUGACUUGUUUGAAUUGUUUGGCUCAAUUGCCACAGUUGAAAGAGCUGAACUUCAAUACGGUCGUGGUGGUAACUCCUCUGGUAAUGCAGUUGUAAAAUUCAGCGACGUUGAAACAGCACGUUCUGUGAUUCAACAGCUAAAUGGUUAUGAAUAUGGUAACAGGCAUCUUAAAAUUACAUUUGCCAAGUUUCCAAGCGCUGAGCAACUUGAAGCAUUGCAUGAAGAAAUUAGAAAAAACACCGAAGAAACCAUAUCUUCUGGCUUGGCUGAAGCACCUAUUGAGCGUACUUCUCCGGUUUCUGAGGAGCAUUCAAAGCCAGCAGCAAACCCAAUCGAGCAAUCAGGUGCUGUUGAUGAUGGUGAUGAAAUGAUUGAAGAGUGA